CAGGGCCUCAGCCACGGCCAGACUCACAGAAGUCCCACGGACACAUCAUGAUCAGGACCCUGCUGCUGUCUGCAUUGGUGGCUGGAGCUCUCAGCUGCGGGCUCUCCACCUACCAGCCCCAUCAGAGCAGGGUGGUUGGAGGAGAAGAUGCCAGGCCCAACAGCUGGCCCUGGCAGGUCUCCCUGCAGUACCUCACAUCAGGAAAUUGGUUCCACACCUGCGGAGGGUCUCUGGUGAGCAACAGAUGGUUCCUGACAGCCGCCCACUGCGUUAGCAACUCCAGGACCUACCGCGUGGUGCUGGGCCGUCACAGCCUCUCCACCAAUGAGCCAGGCUCUGCGGCCAUCGCUGUCUCCAAGUUUGUGGUGCACUCACAAUGGAACACCAACCUCGCCAACGGGUACGACAUCGCCUUGGGCAAACUGGCUGAGCCCGUCACCCUGAGCGACAAGAUCAAGCUGGCCUGCCUGCCACCUGCCGGCACCGUCCUGCCCAACAACUACCCCUGCUAUGUCACAGGCUGGGGCCGGCUGCAGACCAAUGGGAAAACCCCUGACAUCCUGCAACAAGGACUUUUGCUGGUCGUGGACUAUGACACAUGCUCUAGCCGUAGCUGGUGGGGCAGCUCCGUGAAGACUAGAAUGGUCUGCGCCGGGGGUGAUGGUGUGAUCUCCAGCUGCAAUGGCGACUCUGGUGGGCCGCUGAACUGCCAGGCGGGUGACGGCACGUGGCAGGUGCACGGCGUGGUCAGCUUUGGGUCCAGCCUCGGCUGCAACUACUACCAAAAGCCGUCGGUCUUCACCCGGGUCUCUUCCUUCAUAGACUGGAUCAAUGAGGUGAUCGCCAAGAACUGACCGAGGGAGUCUCUGGGACACUCAGACCCAGGAAAGUGGCAGCAGGAAAAUAACAAUAAAGUGACAA